GCCGGGAGCUCGCGGGCUCGGACCAUGUAGCGUCUGACCCCAGACAGUCCGACGGCGUCCAGCAUGGAGGCGCAGACCGCCUCUCCGGUGUGGAUUUACGUCAACGCCAGCGAGCGAGCCAACGCCUCGGAUGAGUACGCCGCCGCCGACAGCUCCUACGUGGCGGGCCUCUUCCUCUCCUGCCUCUACACCGUCCUCCUCUUCCCCAUCGGCUUCAUCGGCAACAUCCUCAUCCUGGCGGUCAACCUCGCCCACCGGGAGAAGAUGACCAUCCCCGACUUGUACUUCGUCAACCUGGCGGCGGCCGACCUCAUCCUGGUGGCCGACUCGCUCAUCGAGGUGUUCAACCUGAACGAGAAGUACUACGACUACGCCGUGCUGUGCACCUUCAUGUCGCUCUUCCUGCAGGUCAACAUGUACAGCAGCGUCUUCUUCCUCACCUGGAUGAGCUUCGACCGCUACGUGGCGCUGGCCGGCUCGGCGGGCGGCAGCGCCCUGCGGACCAUGCGCCACGCCCGGCUCAGCUGCGGCCUCAUCUGGAUGGCGUCCAUCCUGGCCACGCUGCUGCCCUUCACCAUCGUGCAGACGCAGCACCGGGGCGAGCUGCACUUCUGCUUCGCCAACGUGCCGGAGAUCCAGUGGCUGGAGGUGACCAUCGGCUUCCUGGUGCCCUUCUCCGUCAUCGGGCUGUGCUACUCGCUCAUCGGCCGCGUCCUCAUGCGGGCGCAGAAGCACCGCGGGCUGUGGCCGCGCCGGCAGAAGGCGCUGCGCAUGAUCGUGGUGGCCGUGCUGGUCUUCUUCAUCUGCUGGCUGCCGGAGAACGUCUUCAUCAGCGUGCAGCUGCUGCAGGGCACGGCCGCCACCACGCUGUGGCACGACUACCCGCUCACGGGUCACAUGGUCAACCUGGCCGCCUUCUCCAACAGCUGCCUCAACCCCAUCAUCUACAGCUUCCUGGGGGAGACCUUCAGGGACAAGCUCAGGCUCUUCAUCAAGCAGAAGGCCAGCUGGUCGCCCGCCGAGCGCCUCUGCCACCUCGGCCUGGACUUGGGCCUCAGGACUGAGGCGUCUCGGGUGUGAGGGCGACGACUGGCGGGGAAUUGUGCCGCGUAGAUUUAGCAACCUGCUCACGUUUGGAGCAAAAGCAAACGACGUAUAGUUCGUAUAAUCUCACUCAAAAGGCAUUUUAAGUGAACCUGUACACUGACUACUCUAAAGCAGAGGUCUUCAUGACAUUUUUGAUUGGUUAAGACUAUUUUAAAAUUCCACAAAUGUAAUUGAUCCAACAUUGAUCCAACACACAGUAAGGAAAGGAUUCAUAUGGGCCACAUUCCUGGGUGGGUAUUCAUUUUGCAAUGCAGUCUGCUGAAAAUGAUGGAAAGCGCCACUCUACAUAGCAACUGAUGCUGUGUCUUUAAAUGCACAUUGACAUUGAUCCAACAAGGAAAGGAUUCAUAUGGGCCCCAUUCCUGGAUUUUCAAGACAAGAAAUAAUUUUCAAGGUAAAAGUUGAUUUUCAAGACAAAAAAAUGAUUUUCAAGGUAAAAGUUGAUUUUCAAGAC